GGCGCAGCAGGAAAUUGAACACACUCAACGGACACACACACACACACACACACACACACACACACACACACACACCACACACACACACACAGAGAGAGAGAGAGAGAGAGAGAGAGAGAGAGAGAGAGAGAGAGAAUGGAGCGAAUAGGGAAUGCGUGCGGGCAGUCGGGGUAUUUAGAAGUGGGUAGGGGAGGGAAAGGUGUGGAGGGAGGAGGAGGUUGGCGGGUGCCAUACAGUGAGGUGGUGAUGGAGAAUGGCAGGCGGUCUAGGGUGUAUGUGAAGACCCCCGGCCGAACUCGCAUAUCAAGCAUAAUGUCCCCGAUGAUGAUGAACAGCAACAUCGACCCGCCAUCGCCCCUGUUUCUCUCUGGAGGGAGGAAGGUUCUCAGUCGAUCGUCCAUAACCUACUCGCGCACGUCGAGAGCUCGAAUCCGAUCUGGGUAUCGUGAUUACUCUAACGAUCGCGAUGCUUUGUCUGAUUUGGAUGGCCCUAUGGAUGAUGACUCGGACAGCGAUGAAGAGUGGGCUUUAAUGCAAUCAUCGGACUCAGAUUCCUCAUUGGCCAGUCCUUCAGCGACGUCUCCUUCCUCUACCUGCUCUGAUUCCUCUUCUUACUCCGACAAAUCCUACUCCUCAUCGUCCUCCUCCUCUUCCUCUUCUGUCAUCCUUCAGCCUGAUCUCGUCUCCACGGUCGUACGUGCCGUUGGUCCUGUGUUUAGGCUUUUCUUGAGCCCCGCAUUUUUUACGAAGAGGAUGAAGAGUCAGUGUAGGAAAAAGAACAGCGGCGGCGGGGGUAGUGGGAACGGGAAUAAUGACAAUGAAAGCGCGAAGAAGGAAAAGAAGAGAGUGAAGGGAGGAGGAGGAGGAGCGGGAGCGGGAGGAGUAGAUGGAUGUAGAACGAGACCAGGGGCAGGUGUAUCUGUCAAACGGUUCUCGUCGUCAUUCUUAUCGUUUUAGGAGGGAAAACAUGUAGGAAAGAUAAAGACAUGAUGUGCGUUCUUGCACUACAUAUAUAUGCGCAUAUGUCAAUUUCGCUCUCCUCGGCCAUAAUCGCCUCCUUAGGUCGUCUGUCUCACUUCGCCGUAAGGUAAGGAGCUGGUAGGUAUCUUCCUCUUUUGUUGAAUGAUAAAUCUGAGCGGCUAAGUCCCUAGUAAUUAACACAAUCGAGUCCAAUCAGUCCAAUCAGUCCAAUCAAUCCAAUCAAUUAAUCAAUUAAUCAAUCGAUC